AUGAUUGAAUCUGCGAAUUUCGGGCCUUCUGUCUCUUCUAACAUUAGUCAAGAUGAUUGUGGAGGCUUUUUGGAUCCGAGCCUAAGAGUGUGCAUGUCAUGGCACAUCCUCAUGUACCGAUCGUUUGGUACCGUUGCACGUGGGCUUUGUCUCCUCUUUACAAGCACUGUUUGCACUCCAUUUGUUUGUCCUGUACACAAAGAAGAUGAUGGUGGAAUGACACUACUUGACACUGUACCUCAACCAUCCCUCCUUGUUCUGCAAUGCAAGCGCAGGAUGGAAUUUGGGCUGACUUCAAAUGCCCACGCAAUGGACCCAAUUGUCUGUUGUCGGUUGUAA